CAGUCUGGCUAAACCCUUCGGGGCUUUAAAAACACCAGUCACUCUCAACCGCACCACACGUCCAUUACAGAAGGAUCGCCGACGGUGGUAGCUGGAGAUUUCACUCCGACGGACGCAGGAUUGCGAGUGUAGAGCAAUCGACAAGGCGGUUUCUGUGAAGAUCGGUUCAGCAUAAAGAACCAACUAUGUCUGAUCUUCGGGCACCCCUUCGACCGAAAAGGAAGAAGGAAUUUGUGGAUUUUUUGGUUCAUUUCCGAUGGAUAGUUGUUAUCUUUGUUGUCCUCCCAAUUUCUUUCACUCUCUACUUUCUUACUUACAUAGGCGAUGUAAAAUCUGCAAUGAAAUCAGAUAAAAGACGACAGAAAGAACACGAAGAAAAUGUUAAGAAAGUUGUGGAUCGUAUCAAGCAGAGAAAUCCCACAAAAGAUGGCCUUGUGUGCACUGCCAGAAAGCCGUAUAUAGCAGUGGGCAUGAGAAAUGUUGAUUAUAAACGUGCUAGGCAUUUUGAGGUUGAUCUUUCAGCAUUUAGAAAUAUAAUCGAGAUUGAUAAAGAGAGGAUGGUUGCCAAGGUGGAGCCUCUUGUUAAUAUGGGCCAAAUUACAAGAGCUACUGUUCCCAUGAAUUUAGCUCUUGCUGUCGUUGCUGAGCUUGAUGAUCUCACGGUGGGUGGUCUAAUCAAUGGCUAUGGCAUAGAAGGAAGCUCUCAUAUAUAUGGCCUGUUCUCUGAUACUGUAGUUGCUUUGGAAGUUGUGCUUGCUGAUGGGCGUGUUGUCACGGCAACAAAAGAUAACGAGUACUCUGACCUUUUCUAUGCUAUUCCAUGGUCUCAAGGAACACUUGGGCUUAUGGUUUCUGCAGAGAUUAAGCUCAUACCUGUUAAAGAGUACAUGAAGUUAACUUACAAACCAGCAAGAGGAAACUUGAAAGAACUUGCACAGGCAUAUGCGGAUUCUUUUGCACCAAGGGAUGGAGACCAAUCAAAGAUUCCUGAUUUUGUUGAGGGGAUGAUAUACACUCCUACAGAAGCUGUAUUCAUGACUGGAGUAUAUGCUUCUAAGGAAGAGGCAAAGAAAAAAGGAAACGUAAUCAACAACCAAGGAUGGUGGUUUAAGCCUUGGUUUUACCAACAUGCCCAGAAAGCACUAAAGAAGGGUGAGUUUGUUGAGUACAUUCCAACCAGGGAAUAUUAUCACAGGCACACAAGAUGUAUUUAUUGGGAGGGAAAGCUUAUAUUGCCAUUUGCCGAUCAAUGGUGGUUCAGGUGGCUUCUUGGUUGGAUCAUGCCUCCAAAGGUUUCACUACUUAAGGCUACACAGGGUGACACUAUUAGGAAUUACUAUCAUGAUAGGCACGUGAUACAAGAUUUGUUGGUUCCUCUAUACAAAGUUGGUGAGGCUCUUGAAUUUGUUCACCGAGAAAUGGAGGUUUAUCCCAUCUGGCUCUGUCCUCAUCGCCUCUUCAAACUCCCAGUUAAAACCGCGGUGUUUCCAGAGCCGGGCUUUGAGCACCACCACAGGCAGGGAGACACGAGCUAUGCUCAAAUGUUCACCGACAUUGGUGUAUACUAUGCUCCGGGACCUGUCCUCAGAGGUGAGGAAUACAAUGGCUCGGAGGCCGUCCAUCAUCUUGAACAGUGGAUGAUUGAGAACCAUGGCUUCCAACCCCAGUAUGCAGUUUCCGAACUCAGUGAGAAGGAUUUCUGGAGGAUGUUUGAUGGAGGCCUGUAUGAGCAAUGCCGCAGGAAAUAUGGAGCCGUGGGAACCUUUAUGAGCGUCUACUACAAGUCUAAGAAAGGCAGGAAGACCGAGAAGGAGGUUCGAGAAGCCGAGGCAGCCAUCCUCGAAUCUGCAGAUGCUGAAGUGGCAUAAAUUGAUCUGCUAAUGUCAAAGGAGUAAAUUCUAAACUUAACGGUGAGUUGUUAUCAUUUAUCCCUAAGAGCUGCAGGUUUUAUCCCUUUAUCGAUGGCGUUUUCUUGUUUGUUUCGAGGCGUUUCUGGUCUUGUAUGGAGGGAGUGAUUUUGAGCUUUCGUUUUUCCUGUUUCAUGUUUUAUCGCAGUGGAAUCUAACCGUUCAUUUUGUUGAUAUCUUUGAAAGAUUGUUGGAACUA